AUGAAAUAAAUAUUAACAUAUACUAUCAUAUUUAAGAAGCUUCAAUUGACAUUAAACGCAGAAAUAGCAUUCAACGUUGAAAUUAAAAGUCUAGAUAAAAAUCUGUCCUUACUUAAUUACAUGAAGAUUAAUCACUAAUACGAAUAAUAUAUGGAAGUGAAGUGCACUGUUAAAAAAGUUAAUCUCAAAUACGAAGAAAAAAUUGUAAGUUUGAAGCACUUAUUGUAUAUAAGAGAAAACUUAAUAUAGUUUUAAGUGAUGGAAAGACAAAAAAGAUUGCCGGUUUUGCAUUAUUCGACAUGUCUGUUGCUCUCAAUCUAAAUAUGAGAUAAAAGGAAUAUUCUAUCAAUCUAAUUUAAUGUCCUGACACUAAAGCUUUUAUUGAAUUUACUUUGCUGAUCAAUUCAUUAGAUUUUUUGUACAAUAAUAACGAUAUAGAUGUACUCAAUCAACUAUAACAAAAAGUCUAUGACAUCAAGAGCCUUGAGCCAAAAUGAAAGCGAAGAAUUAAGAAAACUUAAACAAGAAAAUGUUUAACUAGAAAACGAAUUAAAUAAAGUAAAAUAAGAUUUAUAGAUUGUUGAAGCUUAAUAUUAAUUUUUAGGUCGCUAAUACAAAUAGUUAUAAUUAUAAUUAGAAGAUAAAACGACUGAAAAUAGUGAUUUGUAAUAUUAAGUUUAAUAAUUAUGCAAUUUGAAUUCAGUUUGUAUUGAGAAAAUCAAAUAAUUCGAAAAACUGCUUUCCAAUUAAGAAUAAUAAAAACAAAAGUGA